CUCUUCCAUUAAAACAUCCGUUUUUGACUGGAGAUAAUUCAUAGUAGUAAUAAAACAUUUGCCUAAAAACAUCAUAUGAAAGGGAAGACACAGUACUCUUCCCACUGUCCAAUAUAAUCUAUCACCCUACUGUUUGGUCUUACCAUGACCACCACAGUCACCACUGCUGAUUUCUACCCAGAAAUCGCGGUUUUGCCAUCGACUCAUGAUGGCCUUAAAUUCUGGCAAUUUAUGGUUGCUGGCUCAGUCGCUGGCUCAGUUGAACACAUGGCCAUGUUCCCAAUAGACACCUUAAAAACAAGAAUGCAAGUAAUGGGGUCAUCAUCAACUUCUUACUCAGGGCCAGUGAUUAAUCUCAGGCAAUCUCUCAGCUCAAUCUUGAGGAUUGAAGGUCCUGCAGGAUUAUACAGGGGCAUUGCUGCAAUGGGUAUUGGUGCAGGGCCAGCACAUGCUGUAUACUUCUCAGUUUACGAGACUUUCAAGAAAUCUUUAUUAGCUCAUGGAAGCCCUAAUAAUUCAGCUGUUCAUGCUGUUUCUGGUGUUUUCGCUACUGUUGCUAGUGAUGCCAUGAUCACACCAAUGGAUGUUGUGAAACAGAGGCUGCAGUUGAAGAACAGUCCUUAUAAAGGUGUAGGGGAUUGUGUGAAGAAGGUGCUGGUUGAAGAAGGAUUUGGAGCAUUCUAUGUGUCUUAUAGGACUACUGUUUUGAUGAAUGCUCCUUUUACAGCAGUUCAUUUUGCAGCAUAUGAGGCUGCUAAGAAGGGCUUGAUGGAGCUUUCACCCGAUAGUGUAGCUGAUGAUGAGACCUUGUUGGUUCAUGCAACAGCUGGAGCGGCUGCUGGUGGAUUGGCUGCUGCUGUAACCAAUCCUCUGGAUGUUGUAAAAACUCGGCUUCAGUGUCAGGGUGUCUGCGGAUGUGAUAGAUUUUCUAGUUGUUCAAUUGGUGAUGUUAUACAAAGCAUUGUGAAGAAGGAUGGAUAUGCUGGACUCAUGAGAGGCUGGGUUCCGAGAAUGCUUUUUCAUGCACCUGCCGCUGCAAUAUGCUGGUCUACUUAUGAAGCUGCUAAGAGUUUCUUUCAAGAACUGAAUGGCAAACAAGCCUGAUUGAUUGGAAUUUAGGGGGGAAGUCAGAUUUGCUAAAAUGAAUCUCAAUCUGGUUAGUUAAGUAAGGUGUUUCUUGUUCAUAAACUUGCUGAAGUAUAGGUCAAAUAUAACUUUGUAAAAUGUACCUGGUCAUUGUAAA